UAUGUCACAGUAAUUUGGACUUUGACGUUUAGCUGUUUAGCAUGGCAUUAUUUAUUUUGUAUGUUAUAUCAGUGAUUAUAUGAAUACGACUAUUUCUAGUGUCAAUAUCAGUAAUUAAUGAGGAUUAACAAACCCUAAGUCAGAUAAAAGUGAUGGGCGGUGACAAUGAGCGUGGUCGUUAUAGAAUGCGUAGUCGUGAAAGACUUCGAAGUCAUGACCGGGGUCGUGAAUAUCGAGGUCAAAGUAAGGAAAGAAGUGGUCGUGAUCGUAGCAAAGACCAAAGCGAACGCAACAGCAGUAGAGAGCGAGAGGGCCACAACCGCAACUGGGGAAAAAGCAAAGACGGCGGAAGCAGUAGAGAUGAACGCAGACCACCCUUUCGGGAAAGAGAACAUGACAGAGGACGCAGUUCCUACAAGGAUUACACUGGAGGCGGUCUAGGCGGUGGUUUAGGAGGAGGUGGUUCUUCAGUUAGAGGUCGAUAUAAGCCCCAAGAGGAAGAGUUCUUUGAUGCUAGAAGAGAAGAAAGGGAAAGGAUAGGUCAAAUUGGAGUGUCUUCUGUGUGGGGCAAGUCACCGUUAAGAGCAGAAUCAGAAGAAGAGCAGACACAACCCGAAUUCUCAGGGGGCAGUAAAGCAAAGAAAAAGAAUAAAAAAUCUAAGAACAAAGACACUAAAGAGAAACUUAAAAAAUUGAAAAAGAAGCUAAAAAAAGUAAAGAAAGCAAGGAAAAAAGCUAAGAAAAAGAAAGUUGAAAGUAGUAGCAGUGACUCAAGUUCUAGUAGUGAAGAGGAAGUGUGGGUUGAAAAAGGAAAGGAACAUGAAAUACAAUCUGAAUCUAAAUCAUAUAAAAAGUGUGAUGAAGAGCUGGCAACUGAGGCUUUUGGUCCCACUCCUCGUGUAGGACCUGCCUUAGGUCACAAAGACUUUGGACGAGCAUUACUACCUGGCGAGGGGGCGGCCAUGGCUGCUUACGUCGCGGAAGGCAAGAGAAUACCACGCAGAGGAGAAAUUGGACUUACUUCAGAUGAAAUUGCGUCAUACGAGUCUGUUGGAUAUGUUAUGAGUGGCAGCAGACACCGGCGCAUGGAAGCAGUGCGCAUCCGCAAGGAGAACCAGAUCUACUCCGCCGACGAGAAGCGAGCUCUCGCCGCCUUCAGCAAGGAGGAGCGAGCCAAGCGGGAGAACGCCAUCCUGGCGCAGUUCCGGGACGUCCUGCAGGCGCGCGGCCGCCGCGACGUCUAGCGCCGCGUCGAUCAUUAAUAAACACGUUUUCAAUACUAGAGCUUUAAUUUCCUUAAUCGUAUUUAUUUAUCACAAAAUCUUUUUUAUGCACCUUUUAUUUGGUAUAAUUUACAAUAUUCACACUAAAACUUUCCAUCGAAUCAAAUAAACAGGAAUUUUCAACUAACUAAGAGUUUAGACUAAAAAUGACAUUGUAGUUCCUGUCAUUUUACUACUAAUAUAUACAACAUUUGUGUACAAGUAUAUGUUAAUAUAACAUACUAUCACGGCAUACAUAAGGUCUGGUUUAGUUACAAAAAUAAUAGUAGUUGAAUUACUAAAUUUUGUGCAGCUAGGCUAUACUGCAAGAAGUCAAUUCGAACUCUCUCGCAUGCUCGACGCCUUUUCACCAAGGACUGAAAGAGGUUGAGGUUUUUCAUUACGGUACCGGUAUAAAACGAGUGUAUCAAAAUUAAGGCUAUACCGUUAUUUAACCUUUAUGCGAUAUCGGUACCGAAAAACAGAUUUCACCGUUCGGUCGGACCGGUGCGAGGAGUGUGGUGCAAAUAUAAAUAUAACAAGCCGUUUUUAAUUUGAUAUAAUGUUUCUGUGGGUGGGAAAUGGCGGCAUCCGGUAAGCACGCGCCUGUGAGCCUGUAAGGAGAGAGAAAUAGGAUAGAUGAAGUAACGUGGUCAAUAUCUCUUGUAUACAUUUUAAAGUAUACAUAUUAAACUGUCAAACACCAAGCGGUCACCGGUGACCGCAACCUAUUGUUCUAUAAUUGUGUCUACAAAACCGGUACUCGACGAGUUAAAGUACCGGUACCGAAAUAAAGCGGUAUCCUAUAUUUAUCGGUAUAACGGUACCUUAAUUUUCCGGUUACCUAUUUAGGCCCUGAUUCUCACCCGUCAACCCGUUGGUCGAGAUUAUUCUCACAACGAAUGAUAUAGCGGGCCGCGAUCGCGCGUACUUCCAGAGUUCGAAUUGACAUCUUACAGAACAUCCUAGCAGAACUGAAAGAAGACAGGCGGACUUCGGCCUAAAGUACAGCAUUCAGAUAUUUACAUCAAACAAGUCUAUCUGUCUCAGGUUCCAUUAAUGACAGUAAUAUCUUAAACAAACAAUAUAUUGAAUCGAUACAUCCUAGGAAUUGAUUUAGGUAGGUAAAUACGAAUUACCUAAAAUGUUACCUGUAGAUAAUUAAUUAGGUAGGUACUGCCACAUUGGUUUACAUUUUAUUAUUACCUAACUAUUGAUUAACUGCUUAAAUUCCUGUAUAUGAGCCACAAUAGAAGAUACAUUAUGUCUCGCAUGGAUCCACGUCUAGACACACGACGGGUUAAUACAGUUCAUAACAUACGUAGUAGAACAAUCUAUUACUAUUACUUAUACAUUGCAACAGUGUUGCAUCAUAAUUAUAAUUUCAUCGACAUUGUCAAUGAGUGUGAGGUAGGUGCUGUUCAUUCAAUUCAUGGUUGUUAUUAUUCCAGUCCUGUUUUCCAGUAUUUAUAUAAAUCUGAGAAUCAUUAGACUACAAAUCUGUGAGGUAUACAAUGGUAAAAUUAGUUCAGCCAAUUGCGAGAUAAUCGCGCUCAAACAACCAUACAUACAUACAAAUCAAAAUAAGGAGCUCAUUUUUAA